GCCAAACAUCCAAAACGACGAUGUCGGAUCGCGCAGACUUGACCCAUCUCAAGGUGAAGGAGCUGCAGGAAAAAUGCAAGGCGCUAGGCCUCCGCAUCCAAGGCAAGAAAGCCGAUCUUGUGCAGCGACUUGUCGAGUUUUUCGAGUCAACGUCGUCAACGACGUCGAAGCGCUCGCACGAGUCCAACGGAGACAAUGGACAGAAGAAACAAAAGACGACCAUGGACUAUGGGGCGACGGAUACGCCAUCAGCUUCCAACGAAGAUGGAUGGAGUGUGGAGCUGUCGCGGCUUUUCCUUCCGUACGCAGACUCCGAGAACGAAGACGUGACUUCGGACGACGGCAUCUUUCUCCUAUGCGAACACUUGGGCAUUGACCCCCAAGAUCCUGUGAUGCUUGCUCUCGCCUAUCACAUGAAUGCCGCGACCAUGAGCGAGUUCACCAAAGCCGAGUUUGUGCAUGGCCUGAAGGCGUUGCAGUGCCAUUCUGUCGCCGACGCCAAAGCAAAAGUGCCCCUUCUUCGCAAACACUUGACCAGUGACCCCGUCGUUUUUGCCAAGAUCUACGCCCAUACAUACAACUUUGCCAAAGAGCCCGACCAACGAAGCAUGCCCGUGGACACGGCGUUGGAACUAUGGGAGUUGCUUCUUCCCAGUCAUUUCGACUUGCUGCCGUCAUGGAUCGACUAUGUCAAGGCACAUCAAAAGAAUGCGAUUUCGCGCGACGUGUGGAUGCAACUGCUCGAGUUUUCCCACCACGUGGCGACCGAUCUGAGCAACUACGACGAGAACGGCGCGUGGCCAGUCUUGAUUGACGACUUUGUCGCGCACAUGAAACAGCAGUCGUAAAUUAAACAUCAUUAGACUCUCAUGAAUGUCAUGAACAUCACAACCACGAGCAUCAGGGUAACCUCCAGCCCAAGCUUGGACGC